GCCCAGGUGAGUUGGAUGAGUCCCAGGGCCUAACUCUUCCAGCCUCUGCUCCCAGUCACCUCACCCCUUCUCCCUGGGUACCCCUGCCUCCUCCUCAACAUCUCAGAUUCAGGUUCCUGGCUUCUUUCCACAACUAUGUGGAUCCCUUCUCGCCGGCAACUAUGCUGGGCCUUCCUGGCUGCCUCCUUGCUCUCGGUUACGUCCUUCUUUCUCCACCUCUGGAAAGGCAGCUUCUCCCCAAAACUGGUUUUCUCUGCUCUGUGCCACAAGCAAUGCCCAGGCUUAACCAAAGUGGCCCUUUUCUGCCUGCCAGGGACACCCCAAGGCCCCAGUGGUUCUCUGGCCCUCCACAAGCCAGCAGCAAGCCCUGAGCCCAGUGGCAUCUGGACUAUUCAGCCAGAGGGGCGCUUUGGGAACCAGAUGGGCCAGUAUGCCACCCUCUAUGCCCUGGCCAAGCUGAAUGGGAAGCAGGCCUUCAUCCUGCCAGACAUGCAUGCCACCCUAGCCCCAGUCUUCAAGGUCACCCUCCCAGUACUAGACAAAGAGGUGGCUGCCCGAAUGCCCUGGCGCCUUUACCCACUUCAAGACUGGAUGGCAGAGGAGUAUGCCCACCUGGGUGGCCAGGACAUGCUGCAGUUCACUGGCUUCCCCUGUUCCUGGACCUUCUACCACCACCUUCGUGCUGAGAUCCACCGAGAAUUCUCCUUGCACCGCCAUGUCCACGAAGAUGCGCAGGCUUUCCUGCAUUGGGUCCGCCACAGCAGGGGCAAGGGCAGAAGCCUCACCUUUGUGGGGGUCCACGUCCGCAGGGGCGACUAUGUGGAGCUCAUGCCCAAGCACUGGCGAGGCGUGGUGGCUGAUGGCUCCUACCUGGAGCAGGCCCUGGCCUGGUUCCGGGUGCGCUACCCUGAUGCCAUUUUUGUGGUGACCAGCAAUGGUAUGGAGUGGUGCCGAGAGAACAUCGAUCCCUCAAGGGGCGAUGUGGUGUUUGCCGGCGACGGGGACGAGGUGGCACCUGGCUCAGACUUUGCGCUGCUGACUCAAUGCAACCACACGGUGAUGACCAUCGGCACCUUUGGCUAUUGGGCAGCCUACCUGGCUGCAGGGAAGACCAUCUACCUGGCCAACUACACCCUCCCUGACUCCCAGCUCCUAAAUGUAUUCAAACCUCAGGCUGCCUUCCUGCCUGAAUGGGUGGGCAUCCCUGCAGACCUCUCCCCACUCUUGCACUGAUCUGCCUGUGGCUUCAAUGAUUUUAGCGGCCAUGGAGCCUUCAUGUUUACAGACAAUAGGAGACACAACUCUCCCAGGACCACUCAGUAAUAGUGAGAGAGCUAGGAUCUCAGCUCGAGGAUGGGGAGAUGUCCUUCAGGUUCUAGAGUUGCCCACAAUGCUGUCCUUUGGGAAUGGACAAGGGCUCACUGGUCCCGAGCCUUGGGAUGGCUCUGCCUUCCACAAGGGGAGACACUCCAAGGCCUGGUAACCCCCUUCUCUCUGUGGAUGGAUGCUAAUGUAAAUUAAUUCCAAGAACACUGGGUUGUAGGAGGCCUGGGUUCCCAUCCUGGCCCUGGGUAACCUUGGUGAAUGGCUUCCCUGUCCUGAUCCUCAGUUUCCCCAUUUGUAAAAUGAAGAUAUUAGACUGUACAUUUUUUGAGGACCCCUCUAGGAAGAGCGCUGGACUGUGGGACUGAACCCUAAGAACUGAAAACUCCCAUGCCUCUCAUUCCCUUUUAUGGGGGGGGGCAGGGAACCAAAACCAGAAGAGAUGGGUAGUGGCUGGACAGCCCUAGCAACCAGCAGUGAGCCUCUGGGAGUAGACCUAGGUCCUUCUAACCCCUAUCACUGCCUCAGUUUCCCCACCUGUGCCUCAAGAGGAAGGAAGCUGGGAACCAGAGAACAGAAGCCAGCCUCAGGCUCUUCCAUAAGGGCUAAGAAAACCUGGGGGAGAGAGGAGGGAGUGGCCAACCUCUUGGAUUUAUCUCAGGGAUUUAAAUAUUAGGGAACACUUUUACAAAAAAACAAGGCCAAUUAAAAAUU